CUUCUCCCUUGCUUUUAAUCUUUCUUUUUAAUUUGCCACUACUAUGCCUUUCGAUUUGACCAAAGUUAUCCGCCCCAAUAUUCUCGCAUUGGCUCCUUAUCGCUGCGCUCGCGAUGAUUACAGCAGCGGUAUUCUUUUAGAUGCCAACGAGAACGCUUAUGGACCGUCUUUGCCUGUCGAGCAGGAAGGCAGCCUGAACCGAUACCCUGACCCUUACCACGUCAAAGUCAAGGAACGUUUGCUUCAAUUGCGUAAAGUUCCUUCCGUAGCCAACUUUUUCUUGGGUGUCGGUUCCGACGAGGUCAUCGAUCUGGUCAUUCGUGUUAGCUGCGUUCCCGGAAAGGACAAGAUCCUCAUCACUCCACCCACCUACGGCAUGUACUCGGUGUGCGCUCAGAUCAACGAUGCCGGCGUAGUCAAAUGCAACCUCGAUGUUGAAGAAGGACGAUUCCAACUUAAAGUAGACGAGGUAUUGGCAUCGCUCAAGGCGAAUCCCGACGUGAAAGUGGUCUUCCUUUGCUCUCCUGGUAAUCCCACCGGUACAUGCUUAACACACGACAGUAUCCGUGCCGUAUUAGAGUCUGGCUUUGAAGGAUUGGUUGUCGUCGAUGAAGCCUAUGUCGAUUUCGUUGAUCACGCUGAAGGUUCGGUAGCCAGCUGGGUCGAAAAGUAUCCCAACUUGCUUGUCAUGCAAACAUUGAGUAAGAGUUUCGGAUUGGCCGGUAUUCGAUUAGGCAUUGCUAUUGGUCAGCCGGAUCUCAUCCAGAUUUUGAACAACACAAAAGCGCCCUAUAACAUCGGUACUCCCAGCGCUCAGAUUGCCCAAGAGGCGUUAUCCGAAGCUGGUCUUCAGAAGAUGUACGAAUAUCGAUCAGCUUUGAUUGAUCAACGAAACAAGUUGAUUGAUAGUCUCGCUUCUUUCCCCGUACCUGGUAUCGGUCGUAUUUUGGGAGGCAACGAUGCCAACUUUGUGCUUGUACAAAUCCUCAACGCCGAAAACCAGCCCUGCAAUGAGAGAUCCGAAAAAGUUUACAAGCUGUUGGCCGAAAGCAAAGACGUUGUGGUUCGUUUCCGUGGCAAGGAACCCGGUUGCACAGGUUGUCUGAGAAUCACCGUCGGCACACCAGAGGAAAACGCCACGCUUCUUGCCAGAUUACAAGAAGUCUUGACCAUUGUUUAAACCAUGCUUUCCCAUUUCCGCUCCCUUAUUCUUUGACACUCUUAUAGAAUAUGAGACCUCUCACGAAGAAAUUAUAAACCUCCAUUACGCACUGUUUGUGCACCAUGUCAACUAUGAUAUAGUGUAUUGUUGGGUCCCACUUUUUGUCCGUACAAUGUGGCGGUGCUUUUGGAUUCAGGU